AUGGUACGCAAUCCGAAUCAGGGCAUCCGUGAAUUCAUCCUGGAUUUGCUCACUCAAGCUGCAAAGUGUGAUUUUGGAGAUUUACUGGACAUACAAUUGAAAGAUCGGCUGAUUGCUGGUAUUAACAAUACCGUAUUGCAAAAUGAACUUCUGAAGCUAUCCAAUACGACGUUCAAAGAUGUGCGGGCUUACUGUGAACAAUAUCAGGACAUUUGCGCCAUUAUUUCAUCCAUGCCGUCCACCAUUGAAUCUACAGCCAUGUUCAAUUCACUCAAGACUAAAUCCACGAAAGCUCAUGCUACACCUGGACUUUUCAAACUAGUCACACAAUCUAACUCACACAAUGUGACAUAUUCGGAUAAAUCCUAUGGCAAUUGUGCAUCCUGUGACAAACGUCAUUCCAGAUUCACAUGUCGAUUUCGUUACGCUUUAUGUCAUUAG